CAUUAUCAUCUCAGCAUCGCAUAGCUCGACGUGAGGAUAAAACGUUGCAGCAUCAUGCCACCAAAAGCAACAAUCAAUAGUCCAGAAGUGGAAGCUCUCGCGUCAGUCUUUGUAUCCCUGGGGCUGGCUCCAAAGACAGCUACAGAACUAGCUCGACAGCCCAAAUCUGGAGGUCCUUUCAAGGCGUUGAUAGAUGAGUACGGGCUAGAGGGCAAAAGUCUGGGCGAGAAGCCUGCUUCUGCGCUGGUCAAAUUGUCCUCAAGUAAAGGCAAGAUUGGACCGGGGGAAGAGGGUUUUAUCGUACAGAAGAUCAUCAAAGGGGAUAUCAAGUCGCCUGAUCAAGUGACGGCUGCCGUCAAGUUUGUCGAAGGCAAUUCAGCAGGGACUCCAAUAAACGAGGAAGCCUUUGACAAAGCUUGUGGAGUCGGUGUGGAUAUCUCUACGUCUGACUUGCCAGACCUGCUCAGGUCGUACAUCUCCUCGCUUCCGUCUCCUCCAGAUAGCUGGACGAGUCUCGGACCUGUCCUUGGGGGCAUCAGGAGCAGCGUAUCGGAUCUGAGAUGGGCAGAUGCAGGACAAGUCAAAACGUCCUUGGAGACGCUCUUUACAGAACUAUUCGGUUCGAAGGAGGAGGCUGCCAAAGCUCGUGCGGAAGCAUCAGCAGCGGCCUCGAAAGCGGCCAAACCUGCCAAAGGCAAACCCGUCACAUCGGAUCCCUCUGCCGAAGCUUCUUCGUCCUCUUCUCCCGUCAUUCCCACGAACAUUUUCCGAGAGGGCUUUCUUUCAGAGUUUCAUAAACCUGGAGAGAACCCUCAGAGCGAAGCGAGGCUUAAGGCGCAACAUCUGGAUUGGACAAAGGGCAAGGUGUACACUCGUUUCCCGCCUGAGCCGAACGGGUAUUUACACAUCGGCCACGUCAAGGCCAUCAUGAUUGAUUUCGGCUAUGCUAAGUUUCACGGCGGAAGAUGUUAUCUAAGAUUCGACGAUACCAACCCGGAAGCCGAGGAAGGCAAAUUCUUCCAAUCGAUCUUGGAGACCGUCAGAUGGCUCGGCUUCGAGCCUUGGAAAAUCACUUAUUCCUCUGACAAUUUUGAUCGGCUGUACGAACUUGCGGUGGAGCUGAUUCGAAGGGGCAAGGCAUACGUCUGUACAUGUGAUGUCGAAAAGGUCAAGGAGGAUCGAGGCGGAGGGAAAGGCAAUCCUGUCGCAUGCGAGCAUCGCAAUAGACCCGUCGAGGAGAGCUUGCAUGAGUUUGACCGCAUGAAGAAUGGAGAGUAUCCUGAGAAGAAAGCCGUGCUGCGGAUGAAGAUGGAUCUGGAUAGUGGCAACCCUUACAUGUGGGACACAAUUGCCUAUCGAGUCAAGCUGGCGCCGCAUCACAGAACGGCGGACAAGUGGAAAAUAUACCCCACGUACGACUUCACACAUUGUCUUUGCGAUUCCUUCGAGAACAUUUCCCACUCACUCUGCACUGUCGAGUUCAUCCCCGCUCGAGAGUCCUACGAAUGGCUCUGUGAUGCCUUGUCGGUCUACAAACCACGACAGUACGAAUUUGCUCGACUCAAUCUUCAGGGAACCUUCCUGUCUAAACGGAAGAUUGCCCGACUAGUUUCCAGAGGCCUGGUCAAGGACUGGGACGAUCCAAGACUGUACACGAUCGUCGCUCUCCGCCGUCGCGGUGUUCCGCCUGGUGCGCUGUUGGCCUUUGUUAGCGAGCUUGGAGUUACGACGGUCCAGUCAACGACAGAGUUGCAAAAGUUUGAAAGUUGUCUGAGGGCGUAUCUCGAAGAAUCAGCACCGAGAUUGAUGAUGGUCUUGAAUCCCAUCAAGGUGGUCAUCGAUAACGUCCCGGACGAUUACCGUGUUCCUGUCGAAGUGCCACUCCAUCCCAAGAUUCCAGCCAUGGGCACAGUCACGACAUCCUUCACCAAAGAGCUGUACAUUGACGCAGACGAUUUCAGAGAGGUUGACAGUCCCGACUACUUCCGAUUGGCUCCUGGCAAGACGGUUGGCCUGUUUAAAGCUCCACACCCCGUUACCUACCUCUCUCACUCGACGGAGAACGGGAGAAUCACACAGAUCAGAGUCAAGUUGGAAAAUGACGGCAAAGCAAAGAAGGCCAAAGCGUACAUUCAAUGGGUCAGCGGCCCGGAUGCCGUCCGUGUGGAAGAGGUCCGAUAUUUCCAUCCAUUGUUUAAAUCAGAUCCGCCACCGUCAGAUUUCGAAUCAGACGUGGACCCGAAAUCUCUUGAAAUAUUCACCGACGCACUCAUCGAGCCUGCCUUUUAUUCUUUGGCAAAGAAGGCCAUUUUGAAUGCGAGGAAAGAAUCGGAAGAAAGGUUGAAAAAGGCCAAGGAGGAAUCUGCUGUGCCGUCGAUCUCUAGCGCUUCGGCACCUGUGGAGGGAUCCGAAGCUGCGGGAGAGGAUGAACCUGUCGCCACGGCUGAACAAUUGGUCGGUAUGGAGAACAUCAGGUUCCAAGGGAUGCGUUUGGCGUACUUCGCUGUCGAUCGGGAAAGCAAGCUUGGAUGUUUGGAAGAGAGCGAGGGAGAGAAGCCUGGCAAGAAAUCAGGGGAUAAGAUCAUCCUCAAUCGGAUCGUCAGUCUCAAAGAAGAUUCGGGGAAGAAGGCGUGAGGCGAAGCCAGCGGAUUAUUGGAUUGGCAUAUAAGACCAAGCUCGCAGUCACACUUGCAUUUACUAGUUAACGCUCACGGGCGAGCGACGCAGACUUGAUUUGAGGCGACGAGCGCUCCCGACCUG